UGGCUGCUGAGAUCCCAGCCUCCUCCCACUGUCUGCCCGGAUUCAAUUCCCGGAAAAUAGGCUGCGGUGGCCCUUCCAGAGCCCAGCCUUUCACCUCAAGUCCUUUCCCCAAGGUCGUUUUCCUGUGGCUUAUCAGGGUAAACCUUCUCCCCUCUGACUGUUGCCUGUUAGCUCCCGCACCUGCAGAUCCAAGUGAUUUCUGGCCCUGUUUAUGCUGCAGCAGCUGCUCGGCAAUGAAUGGGGGCUGCCCUUCCUCGGGGUCUGCUCUGGGGUCUCUAGUUUUAGCUCUUGCCCCAGUUUCACAGUAUCUGGGUGUCUCCUGCCUCUCGGUGCCUGUGACAAGACAGGCAGGGCACAGCCCAUCUCCCGUGCUCCCCGCACGGCUCGGGACCGCUCGAAGGAGGAACGGGGAAAGGGUUUUUGCGCCUGGGGAGGGAGACAGAAGGAGCAGGAGCAGCAGCAGGGAGGGGGCAGCUCUUGAGCAGGGCUCGCUCUGCCUGGGCUGGGGACAGCCAGCCCGGUGCAUCCCUGCCUGCUGCACUGCCUGUGGCACCGGGGAUGGCAGCAAGAGCCCCACGGAGCACUGCCGGUCUCCUCCUUACCUCUGCUCCCGGUAUUUCUGAGCGUUGGAGCCAGGAAAAAAGCUGUCGGGAACGGCAGUGAGGGCGGCUCAUGGGCUGCGGGCUUCCAGCCCCCGCUCUGGAAAACGGGGAGGUUUCUCCUGCCCGCGAGUGGGACAGAACAGAAACAGGCUGAAAGCUUUGGCUCCCCUCCUCAGGCAUCCCUCUGCCUCCCCCCUGCCUCCUGCUCCCUCCAGGCACUCCCAGCACCCAAAAUAGCCGAGGGGCUGCGUGUCCCUGGCGCCGGGCUCCGAGUGCCUCAAGAGGGCUGGGGGGAGGCGCCGAGGGAGCGGCGGAAGCUCCUCUGGGCUGCUCUCGGCACAUCCUCCGUGCCCCGGGGAAAGUCCGGCACCCUCAGGUCCCGGGCCGGGCUCAGCAGGAGCGGAGAGAGGAGCCGCAGCCUGCGCCGGAGGGCACCGUGCUGCCGCGGGCACCGAGCACCGGGACAGCCUUCCACGGAGCACCGGGACAGCCUUCCACGGAGCACCGGGACAGCCUUCCACGGAGCACUGGGACAGCCUUCCACGGAGCACUGGGACAGCCUUCCACGGAGCACUGCCACCAGCUGCCACCGAGCACUGCCACCACUUUCCACCGGGCACUGCCACCACUUUCCACGGAGCGCUGCCACCAGCGGCCGCCCUGGGCAGGGCUGUGGCAGCCCGAUGGCUGCGGAUGCUGUCUCGGCGUGGCCCGGCAAUGGCAGUCGGGCUCUUUGCCCCGUGGAUUCCGCCUUCGCCCAGCGCUUCCUGCCCGCCGUGUACCUGACCGUGAUCCCUCUGGGGCUGCUGGGGAACGGGCUGGGGCUGUGGCACCUCUGCACAGGGCCCCGCGAGGGUGGCCGCCAGCCCCUCAGCCUGCUGGUGGGCAACCUGGGGCUGGCUGACCUGCUCUACGUCAGCACGCUGCCCUUCCUCGUCAGCUACUACCUGCGAGGCAGAGUGUGGCUCUUUGGGCAGGCCUGGUGCCGCCUCACCCGCAGCCUCUUCCACCUCAACCUGUACGCCAGCAUCGGCUUCCUCACCUGCAUCAGCAUCCACCGCUACCUGGGCAUCGUGCACCCGCUGAAGGCACGGGGCAGGUGCCAGGGGGCAGCCUCGUCGGCGUGGCUCAGCCUGACGGUCUGGGUGUGGGUCCUGGCACAGAUAGCCCCUGAUCUUGCCUUCAGCAAGACGGAUGACACGGGGACCAAGUGCCACGACACCACAGGACACGAGCACCUGGGUGUUUACCUGCCCUACACCUUUGUUGUCACCAUGACUGGGUUUGUCAUCCCGUUCCUCAUCAUCAUCGGGUGCUACUGCCACGUGGUGUUCGUGCUCUGCAGGAAUGACAGCGUGGACCCCAGCCUCAGGAGGAGAAGCAUCAGACUGGUGAUUCUCGUGAUGGUUCUCUUUUCCAUCUGCUUCCUCCCCUACCACAUCUUCAGAAACCUCAACUUGUUUUUUCGCUGGCAACCGCAAGGGUCCUGCACACAGGCUUCAAAGGAUGUCUACGUUUCCUACCAGGUGACUCGGGGCCUGGCCAGCCUCAACAGUGCCCUCAACCCCCUGCUCUAUGUGGUUACCAGCAAAGACUGGAGGUCACGAGUGAGGACCAUCCGCCAAAGCGCCAGACAGUGUCUGAGGCCACCCUUCCGGCGCACGGCCUCUUGCCAGGCAGCUGAGAAGAAGAGGAACAUCAUUCUUUGUAAGGGGGAGGCUUCUAAUGAGCUCUGAGGCACCUGACACCCCCACUUCUGCCACGUCAGCUUGUGCUUGGCCCCUCCCUGGGGGCAGCCCCCCACCUUGACAGCUGCUUUGCAGAGAUGGUGACAGCAGCAUCGCGGGCUCCGUGCACACAAGGGAUAGACAGGACUGUCAGCAUCACAGAGAAAACUGGCACCAGAUUUCAAAAGCAAAGCCACUCGACCCAACCAUUCUGCCUACAGCACGCCUGGAGAUGGAAAGAGAUGAUCACGUUUGCUCCAGUCCAAAGUGUUUCCUCCAGCCCAUCAUGAGCAGUCUGAGCUAGUGAACACCUCUUGCUACCCAGCUCCUCUGACUGAGGGAUGGGAGGGAGUGACACCUUGUCCCUCCUCUCUACUCUACUGUACAAAGAGGAUUCCCUCUUUCACCUAAGGAGAGGUCCUGCAUUGCAGAACAGCUGAGAGGGUGAAUUUUUGCAGGGGGGGAAGAGCUUUGGAAUGGAAAUAUUAAUUAAAAAAUCAGGUUUUAAGUACAUUACUUAGCUCUGCCAGUUCCUGGGUGACUGAGCUGUUCCAGGAUCUGUGGGAUCCUCUACUGCCCACCUCCUUUGCAGAAGAGAAAGACAUUACUGGCAUUACUCACUCUCUUUUGGAAGAGCACAUAGUAGAACUUACAAAUAGGCAUUUUAAAGUUUUUGGAGGCUGUUGGUUGGGGUUUUAUUUUGGAAGGUGAAUGACUGCAGUAGCCUGAACUGCUUUCAGCAGGAAAAUGCCAGGAGAGUUUGCAAAUCUUCAGGUGGGUGUUUGCAUCUUGCAUCCAGCCUUGAAAGGGCAUUAGAUAUGACUUGUGAAAAUUAGAUGUGCAAAUAAAAGGAGAAGCAGCACUGGUGUGAAGGCUUGUGAAGGCAGGAUGUGAUGGUGAGGGCAGCUCUCUGUCAUCACCAGGAGUGGCAGGUCUCUUGCUUUGGGGUGAGCAGAGGCUCCCAGGCAGUAUUUUGGUUUUUAAUCUUGGUCUUACCCACUACAAACAGCUCGAACAUUUCAAUUCAAUAAUGUGAUUUGCAGUGACAGCAGCUUUUGGAGCCCCGCUGAAGGAAGUGGACUGUGAGUUCAAAUCAGCCCUUUCUGGGAAAGCACUGGCCCACGGACGGAUGUUGUGCUCUUUUCCUGACAUUUAUGUCUGUCAGCUGUUCCUCACACGGACCCACCUUAGCUGGGCAGUGCAGGGAGCACAGCUGGCUUGCAGCACAGGUAAUGUGUCUACAGUGCAAUAAACAGC